AUGGGUUUACAAAAGAGCUCUUCUGUAUCUCCCUCAGCCAGUUUCAGAACAGCAGAAAAGCACAGAAAUUCAACAGAUUAUUCUUCAGAUAGUAAAAAACAGAAGACAGAAGAGAAGGAAAUAGCAGCUCGUUACGACAGUGAUGGUGAAAAGAGCGAUGACAACUUGGUAGUUGAUGUUUCCAAUGAGGACCCUUCCUCUCCCCGGGGAAGCCCAGCACACUCUCCACGGGAAAAUGGCUUGGACAAGACUCGGCUGCUGAAGAAAGAUGCACCAAUUAGUCCGGCAUCUAUUGCAUCCUCUAGCAGUACUCCUUCCUCCAAAUCCAAAGAACUUAGCCUUAAUGAGAAAUCUACCACUCCUGUGUCUAAAUCAAAUACCCCAACUCCAAGGACUGAUGCCCCAACUCCAGGCAGCAACUCUACUCCCGGACUGAGGCCAGUGCCCGGCAAACCCCCAGGUGUGGACCCGCUAGCUUCAGGUUUAAGGACACCUAUGGCAGUGCCGUGUCCUUAUCCUACUCCGUUUGGGAUCGUGCCACAUGCUGGCAUGAAUGGGGAGCUGACCAGCCCUGGAGCUGCCUACGCGGGUCUACACAAUAUUUCUCCUCAAAUGACAGCAGCAGCAGCAGCGGCAGCGUAUGGGAGAUCUCCGGUGGUUGGUUUUGAUCCACAUCAUCACAUGCGAGUCCCAGGCAUCCCUCCCAACCUCACAGGCAUCCCAGGAGGAAAACCAGCAUACUCAUUUCAUGUAAGUGCAGAUGGUCAGAUGCAGCCGGUUCCUUUCCCUCCUGAUGCCCUCAUCGGUCCGGGGAUCCCUCGCCAUGCCCGUCAGAUCAACACUCUGAACCAUGGAGAAGUUGUGUGUGCAGUUACCAUCAGUAACCCCACGAGACACGUGUACACGGGUGGGAAGGGGUGCGUCAAAGUCUGGGACAUCAGCCACCCUGGCAACAAGAGCCCCGUCUCUCAGCUGGACUGCCUGAACAGAGAUAACUACAUCCGUUCCUGCAGAUUGCUCCCCGACGGCCGCACCCUGAUAGUUGGUGGGGAAGCCAGCACGUUAUCCAUUUGGGACCUGGCAGCUCCAACUCCUCGCAUCAAAGCAGAGCUGACAUCUUCUGCUCCGGCGUGCUAUGCCCUAGCUAUCAGCCCGGAUUCCAAGGUUUGCUUCUCUUGCUGUAGCGACGGGAACAUUGCAGUGUGGGAUCUGCAUAACCAGACUUUAGUAAGGCAAUUUCAGGGCCACACGGAUGGAGCGAGCUGUAUUGACAUUUCUAAUGAUGGCACCAAACUAUGGACGGGAGGCUUGGACAAUACAGUCAGAUCCUGGGAUCUCAGAGAAGGGAGACAGCUACAGCAACAUGACUUCACAUCACAGAUCUUCUCACUGGGCUAUUGUCCAACUGGUGAGUGGUUGGCAGUAGGAAUGGAGAACAGUAACGUCGAGGUACUGCAUGUUACUAAGCCGGACAAGUAUCAGCUGCAUCUUCAUGAGAGCUGUGUGUUGUCACUCAAAUUUGCUCACUGUGGCAAGUGGUUUGUAAGCACUGGAAAAGAUAAUCUUCUUAAUGCCUGGAGAACACCUUAUGGAGCCAGUAUAUUCCAGUCCAAAGAAUCCUCAUCUGUGCUUAGCUGUGAUAUCUCUGUGGAUGACAAAUACAUAGUCACUGGCUCUGGGGACAAGAAAGCUACAGUCUAUGAAGUUAUUUAUUAGAGACAAAUCUGAAUGCAGACAGAACUCCUUCUCCUAGCACUUUGCUGUAUAUUCUUUUUUUCUUUUUUUUUCUUUCUAAACUGAGAACUUAAAUACUCAUCACAGUUGUGGGAUUUAUUUUUACCUUCCUAACUUGCUAUUGAUUUGUGAAUGCUCAUUAAGAACUUGUGAUACCAAAUUGUCAGAUAUCUGCUUGGAAGAAGAUGGAAUAAGCCUACUUAACAGUGAACUUGACUCUUUAAUUAUGUAUUAUAGCUGUAAUGUAUUUAUUUUGUUUAAAGAAGGCUUUCUAACAAUGAACUGACUAAAUAAAGCUGUCUGGCCCGGCUUUAGUUUGAAAGGUGCAUUGUAUACUUUGUGUUUUUGCAGAUGAAUGAAUUGGGGAUCUUGGAGAAGGAUGUUCAGGAGAUAGUUAAAGUUACACUAAAUAGACUUGUAGUUUCUAUUUAAAAAGAAUAAACUUUGUUAUAUUUUUU